GGAGUUUGGAGUCUGCCCCCCAGAUUCAGAUAAACACAUAGAGAGCUGAAGAAGACAGCAGCCAUCCUUUCUCUGACCUUUCUCUAAGGCACAGACCAACAUGCUGGAGUUUGCCGGAGUUUUACUAUGUGUUACCUUUUUAAGUACCUCAUCUUUGGGUGCGAGUGCCGGACCUCGGCUGGAUAAUGACAAACUCUACAGAUACAGUUACAGCACUGAGGUUGGGCUGAACAGACCAUCAGGUUCCACCAGGGGGAACGCCGGUUUCAGGUUUCACAGUGAUGUGGACAUCAGCCUCGUCUGGAGGAACCCGGAGGACCAGGAUGAACAGUUGCUACGACUACAGAUUUCAAAUGUUCAGAUUGAAAAUGCUGUAAAGCGUUCCCGCAAAAACAGCAUCUUCUAUGGCAGCUCAACAGAAAGCAUUCUGGGCAAAGACAGCCUUGAAGCUCUUCAGAAACCGUUUAUUUUGCUCUGGAAGAUGGGCAAGUUAAGAAGCAUGUAUACCUAUAAGGCGGAGCCUGCUACCAUUAAAAACUUGAAGAGAGGCGUGGCCAGCAUGUUAAUGAUGCAGCUAAAAUCCGGGAAGAUGUUGGAGGCGGAUGCUUCAGGAAAAUGUUUGGUGGAGUACAAAGCCACUAAAAACCAGGUGAUCCGUACGAAACACAUGGAGACGUGCAAAAAGCAGGAGACUGGAUUCACUACCCACAGCCCGGUGUUAGGUGUCAGUGGGAAUUGUACCUUAGUAACAGUGAUCACUCUGGAGAAGGGAAUCCUCAAGUCUGCUGAAACAGAAGAGUCACACACACUGUCUGUCAAUGCUCGCCAUACAGCUGCUACUAAAGUCAUGUCCAGGCAGUCCCUGACACUCAAAAAGAUUGAGGUAGGCCCUGCCGAAGUGGCAGGUAAGGACGCAGCCACCGUGGUGAAAUCUCUAGAUGACAAACUCAUAUCUGUCGGAGUAGUGGUGGAAAAAGUUAAAGCCAUAUGCAAAGGAUGCCCCAACUUAAUGGAUACUUGGAAAGUGGUGAGAUCUCAGCUGGAGCCAGACUCGCUCUCCAAAGCUACGGCCCCGCGAAGCUUCCUGACGCUCUUACACAGCUUGCGCAAAGCCAGCAAGGCGGAGAUCCUGACAGUAUUGCGCAACUGCAGCAAAACUGCACUACCUCAGCUGGUGGAUGCAGUCACAUCGGCUCAGACUUCAGCUUCUCUCUCAGCCAUCCUGGAGUUUCUGGACUUUAGUAAGAAAGAAGGUUUAGUGCUGCAAGAACGUUUCUUGUACGCAUGUGGCUUUGCCUCCCACCCUACAGAAAGCAUGCUACAGUCCCUAGUGGAUGUCUAUCAAGGAAAGAUUGGCAGUUCAGAGAUUAAGGAGUCAGUUGUGAUUAUCAUGGGGGCUUUAAUCAAGAAACUCUGUUUGAAAGGAGGAUGUGAACUACCUACAGUUGUUAAAGUCAAAGAGCUGUUACUGGCAGGGCCUGACAGCACACAGGAGGAGUCAGAGGUGCAGAUGUACCUGUUAGCCCUCAAAAACGCUCUACUGCCAGAAGCUAUACCUCUGCUGAACAAAUAUGCAGAAUCUGAAGUGGGAUCAUUUAGCACCAUUGCCAUCACAGCACUGCAGCGAUACGACACUCAACUUAUCACAGAUGAGGUGAAGAAAACAUUAAACCGCGUGUACCAUCAGAACCGGCAUGUGUAUGAGAAGAACGUUCGCUCCGCUGCGGCCGAUGUGAUUAUGAGCAGUAAUCCAACCGAAAUGGAGGUGAAGAAUCUCCUGCUCUCCAUCGGACACCUGCCGCAUGAGAUGAACAAAUACAUGCUGUCUAAAGUCCAGGAUAUACUACGCUUUGAGAUGCCAGCAAGCGAAAUGGUACGGAAAGUUAUAAAGGAUAUGGUUUCCCACAACUAUGACAGAUUCUCAAAGACUGGCUCCUCCUCCGCUUUCUCAGGAUUUAUGGCAAGAAAUGCCGAUAUCACUUGCACCUACAAUUUGGACAUCCUUUACUCUGGCUCGGGCAUAUUGAGGAGAAGUAACAUGAACAUUUACGCCCAGAGCAACGAUGCCCUUCUGCAUGGCCUUCAGGUGACAAUCGAAGCCCAGGGUCUCGAGUCUCUGAUUGCAGCCACAGCAGAUGAAGGAGAAGAAGAUCUGGAGUCCUUCGCUGGCAUGUCAGCUCUGCUGUUUGACGUACAGCUCCGUCCGGUGACCUUCUUCAAGGGCUACAGUGACCUGAUGUCCAAGAUGUUCUCUAUGUCUGGAGACCCAAUCAAUGUCGUGAAGGGCCUUAUUCUGCUCACGGACCACUCACAUGUGAUUACACUGCAAUCUGGUAUAAGAGCCAAUGCUGAGUUCCAAGGCAGCCUGGCCAUCGAUAUUUCUGGAGGAAUGGAGUUCAGCUUGUGGUACAGAGAGUCUAAGACCAGCGUCAACAACAGGGGAGCGCUGGUUGUCAUUGGGAAUGUAACGGUGGACAUGGACUUUGUAAGUGCUGGGUUGGAGGUGAGUUUUGAGACUGAAGCAGCCUUGGAUUUCAUCACCACCGUGCAGUUUUCCGAAUACCCGUUCCUCGUCUGCAUGCAGAUGGACAAAACUACCUUCCCAUUCAGAGAAACGGUGUCCAAGUUGGAGAGACUGCCCUCAGGACAGAAUUUCAGCUCGAGGAGAAGCAGGGAACAGCUGGUGCCCGGCUCAGAAUUCCCUCUACACCAGGAGAACUCAAACAUGUGCAAGAAAGUCUUCGAGCAGAGCUGGUAGUCUAGCCGGGUCUGCUCUGGAUGCUUAGCAAAUGUAUGUUUGUUUUAUACAAGCAAACGCUCUACAUCUUACUGUCGUUUGCUUGUGUGCAUUUUGAGGUGGCUAAAUAUGCUAAGACUUUGAGCUGGUCAAGCUUAGAGUUUUACUUUAAGGGACCUUACAAAAAAUACUGCUGUUUGAAAUAUUUAGCACCCAUAUUUUUUGUCUAAACACCCAGAUACAUUUUAACGUUCGACAAAAUCUGGUUAGGAUAACCAAUGGCACUCUCGUCCUAUGACGGAAUUAUUCAACCCAUAAAAAAAAUCUUUAAAGUGCAUUCUAACAGGCCCAUUGAAAGACUGUGUAUUUGAGGUACUGUGUUAUUUAUUUAAUCAGAGGGCAGGACACACUUCAUCCCUCCACAGGCAGUUCAGACAGCCUGAUUUCCAUAACUACACCAGAUGUUUACAUUCUUCAGAAUAUUUAUGGUCUUGUACAUGGAAGGAUAAUCAAUUAUGAAUAAAGAUGUUUUUUGGACAAAAGUGA